AUGACUGAGGGAGUGGAGGACUUCUCUGCAGGGCCAGCUCCCUCUCCUGGAAAAGCCUCCCCCACUGGCUCUCCUCUCGAUUCUGGACCAGUCCCAGAGGAGAAACCAGAGGAGACAGAGGCAGCUGGUGAGAGCAGGGAUGAGAGUGUAAAGGGAAUUACAGAGGAAGCCAGUGGUGGUGGUGGUGAUGGGGAGCAUGAAAGAGCUUUGGGAAUCGUGGCCUUGCCAGCGACCUGCUGCGUGUGCAUAGAGAUGGAACAGAUUAACCAUUGCCUGCACUCUGAAAAAAUCUGCAUUCUGCCCAUCCUGGCCUGUCUGCUCAGUUUAGCCCUCUGCACAGCUGGACUCAAAUGGGUCUUUGUGGAUAAGAUCUUUGAGUACGAACCCCCCACCCACUUAGAUCCCAAACCUAUCGGACAGGAUCCUAUUAUUAUAUCGGUUAACCCCACACUUGGAAUCACUGUCUCAAUUCCUCACUCAGCUCCAGCCACUGUCUCCCUCACCACAACCAUCGCCAUUAGCCCAGGACAUCCUGAGGUGUUCGUGAACGAGAAAUCUACAGCUAGGCCAUUUGUGCCUCAGACUCCAACAUAUCCUUCAGUCACGCUCAAAUACAAUGCUGAACGAUCUACAGUUACGAAGCAGAGUCCCCACCCACAAACAACACAGGAGACAAACAAGAUCAUCCAGACCAUCUCUACCACCAGCACCUCCACGACAUCAAAGACCUCCAGUCAUGUAAUGCGAUGCAGUGACAGCCAGAAGAACUACUGUGUUAAUGGAGGAGAGUGCUUCACACUUGAAAUCAUGCCUGGCAGUACAAAGUUUCUUUGCAGGUGCUUGGCGGGAUUCACUGGGCACCGAUGUGAACAAGCUGUGCUUAAGAAUGUCUCAGACCCAAAACAAGCUGAGGAGUUGUAUCAAAAACGUAUUUUAACAAUAUCAGGAAUCUGCAUAGCACUCCUAGUCGUUGGGAUCAUGUGCGUGGUUGCCUACUGCAAAACAAAAAAGCAGAGGAAGAAACUUCGUGAUCGCCUGAGGCAGAGCAGUAAGAACAAACGAAAGAACAAUACCAGUUCUGGUAAUAGUACUGGUACUGGCUCCAAUCUGGAAGGUUCUGCUACAGGACAACAGAAUUCUAAUGUGCCUCUUCAAGAUUUAAAGUUUGUCAAUCCAUGUAAUGGGUCAGCAAUGCAGCAGACAGCUGAGGAGACAGAAACUACCUUCCCUACCAGUAAAUAUGUCUCUGCAAAUCAGCCCACCACACUCACCAACAUCUCCAGCCAAAGAUAUGCAUCUGCCAUAACUCAGCUGUCACCUGAGUCAAAGACGGUUCUCACGACUCCAGGCUCUCCUCCAUCAGAGAUGUCAGCCCCCAUGUCCAGCCUGGCCAUCUCUGUUCCCUCAGUGGCGUUAAGCCCCUCGGUUGAGGAGGAGCAACCCUUGCUGCUGUCAAAAAAGAGCCAGCCACACAUGUCCUCAAAGCUAGAUGAACAGAAGAGGAGCUUCUCUCACUACAACCACGGCCAUGUGGCUCACAGCUUACCACCUAGCCCAGCGCUUAUUACAAAGAAUGUUAACUACGGAGUCACAGGUGACCAUGACACUACAGCUGCCAGUCAUAGUUUCUCAGAUUUAACAAAGAAACUGACUGAACAAACCAACAAUACCAGUGACUACAUCUCCAAAAGAGCCGCAUGCCAUGUGCAGCAUUACAUGGAGUCCAGUUGUGACAGCAUGCUGUUUAGUGAAGCAGAGGACCCUCGGGGAGGAGACACAGCCUUCCUUAAUGCAGACAGUACUACAGCCCUUUGGGACAUGGAGAGCAGCAGGACUUAUUCAGCAUCACCAAAUGAUGACUUGCAAGUAAAAUGCCUCAAUCCAGUUGCUGUGUAGAGUCUAAAAAUUAGCAUAGGAUAUUUUACGUUUAGGGAACUAAUAAGCA